AUGUAUGAUGAGGAGAAAGAUAUCGAGGACUAUGCCAAUCGACACUUCCAGGGACAGUUAAACAACUUGAAUAAGACCAACCAGUCAGUGCUGUUGAACCGGCUCCCCACCCUUGGGGAGAUCUUGGCCAACAAAACUAAACUGCCGGUGGACUUCUUCACUUUUUAUCUGUUUAUGCGGGAUGUUGAGGGCAAAGUCGACUACAUUGAUUUUUGGAUCGACCUCAUCCAACACUUGAAUUUAUGCAAACAUUACGUGCAAGGAUUGCGCGACCUGAUUGUUCGUCAAAGUGCUUACAACGACCAUACCCACCUGACUGGUGACGACACCGGUACUAAUCCGCGUAACCUGCGGCUAUCGCGAGGCCUGAUCCCUCUAUCCGAGCCUCUGAAACACAAGCUGUUGCUGUCGCUGAUUUUACUCGAGUUGAUCAUCAACGAUAAUAUCCUCGAAGACAACGAUUCGAACCGUCUUUCACAGUUUCUUCGCGGUGACAUUUCCCUUGAAAAUUUGGACCCAAAACUCAAGGAUGUCAUCCACCAAUACAAUAAGCAUCACCUGACGGGACUGAACCGCUCACUGCAACUGCCGUUGGCACUGCCGAUCGCUCCGUACGAGUUCUCUCAAAAGCGGCUAUCACUGCAGCUGAAAUUGUUAGAAGAUAACGAUCACUCGUUAAAUCAGGCGCAGGCACCGGAUAAGACCAUGGAGUUCCCUACACCCCCGAGAAGAUUGCUGGCAAUCAACCCGCUGCUCCUUGAAAAGCUUAUUCACGACUCCCCCAACGACUCUGUCGCCCGCAGUCUGUUUAUCACUCGUGAGAACUUGAAAGAACUGAGUCAUAAUUUGUUACUCAAAUAUUUUGUUGAGGACUCAGAGAAGAAUCUCAACUUGCCGCAAAACAUGCAUGAAGAUAUUAUCCGAGCGAUUAAUGUCGAGGGACGUGAUGAUCCUGACGUAUUCAAACAGGUGAAGGAAUACGUGUUCAAUCGUAUGGAAUCUGACCACUUACCUAAAUUCCUUAACUUCACUGCCAUCCGCAACGUCAACCACUCAAACUUCAUUCGCGUGGUGCUCGGCUUUUUCUUUUUGUUCGCCGGGUUCUGGAUUGGCUUUACGUUAAUUUUCUUGGACUACAGUCGGAGCAUCCGGGCGGUGUGUGUGGCGCCCUUCUUUAUUGCAUUUUACUUUUUAGUAACUUCCAUUGUGUUGGUGGAUCCGUUAUUGGCGUGGUUUGGGUACACAGAGCUGUUUACGCGACGACUGGGACUGCCGCUACGAAAAAUUCGCGAACCAUUCGUGUAUCGACUAUUGGUAAAGCGAAGUUUUUGGGUGAUAGUGUAUAUCCUUGUGGGUACGGCCAUUUUGCUGGUAGUAUUUCUGGUGGUCCCCUCGACGAGGCUUUAG